UCUAUUCUAGAUCAAGAACAGAGCGCAUCCCUAACUGCGAUAUGGGGAUAUCUGGUUCGACAGACAACAACAACAAAAAAGACAAAUACGUCAGCCUCUAAUGUGGAUAGGGGAGACAUAACAAAUGCACUAGAUUCAGUAGGAGAAGCAGCAGCAGCAGCAGCAGCAGUAGAUGAAGAAGAAGAACUAGAAGUAGAAGAAGAAGAAGAAGAACUAGAAGUAGAAGAAGAAGAAGAAGAUAUUGUCGUAAGCGAACUCGAAAAUCAGAGUGCAAUAGGGAUUACAAUCGCACCAGUACCAACGAUGACACCAAUACCAACUGUACAUACGAACGGACGUGAUCUAAUAUUCCAUACACGCUUAUAUAUAAUAUCAAAUGCGAAUAGCAGAAGAGUUGUACCCUAUCAAAAUUUUAACAGUAUUACAAGAGGAGAACCUGAUAUACAACACAGACAGUUCAAUAAUCGAGACGAAGAAGCCGAAUCGAAACUUUCACGAUCAACUGCAAUAGAAGAAGGUGAACCAAACAAGAACAUCAAUAAAGACGAGAGGCAUCUCUGUAAGAUCUGCAUGGAUGCCGAAAUAGAUGUGGUUAUUCUUCCCUGUAAUCAUAUGGUGUGUUGUACUGAUUGUCUGUUAACCCAGUCAAAGUGUCCCAUUUGUCGGGGAUCGAUUAACCAUGUUAUUAAACCGAUCUUGCUUUGAUGCGUAUAAUAUAAUAUAAAUAUAUUACAUUAUUA